AUGCUUCUGCUGAUGCUGCUGCCGGCCCUGCUCUGGUGGAGGGAGGGGGCUGAGGGCCAGAGGGAGCCCUGGAAAAAUUACAAGGAUUACCAACUGCAAGUGCAGAGGUUGGUUACGGUGCAGGAGGGUCUGUGUGUGCGGGUGCCCUGCUCCUUCUUCUACCCCCAGGACGGCUGGAAUGACUCUACUCCAGUUCAUGGCUACUGGUUCCGGGAAGGGGCUGAUGUAUUCAAGGAUGCUCCAGUGGCAACAAAUAACCCAGAUAGAAAAGUGCAGGAGGAGACCCAGGGCCGAUUCUACCUCUUCGGGGAUCCCUGGACCUACAACUGCUCCCUCGACAUCAGAGAUGCCAGGAAGAGGGACAACAGAAAAUACUUUUUUAAAGUGGAGAGGGGAAAUACUGUGAGAUAUUCUUACAUACGUAACCAGCUAUCUGUACCUGUGACAGCCCUGACCCACACACCUGACAUCCUCAUCCCGGGGACCCCGGAGUCUGGCUGCCCCAGGAAUGUGACCUGCUCUGUGCCCUGGGCCUGUGAGCGGGGCACGCCCCCCAUCUUCUCCUGGACAUCAGCUGCCCUCACCUCCCUGGGUCCAAGGACCCACCUCUCCUCAGUGCUCACCCUCACCCCACAGCCCCAGGACCACCGCACCAACCUCACCUGUCAGGUGACGUUCCCUGCAGCUGGUGUGACCGUGGAAAGAACCAUCCAGCUAAAUGUCACCUGUGAGUGCUGGGCCAGGAUUCCUGGGUCCCUGAGUGUGUGA